UACGUGCCUGCCGGGGCAGUCGGCGCCGUGCCGUGUCGCUAUGUCGCCCUCCGCGCUGCUGCUGCUGCUGCCGCUGCUGCCGCUGCUGCUGCUGGCGGUGCCGGCCCCGGCGGCGGCGGCGGCGGGGGGCUGCGGGCCGUGCGAGGCGGCGGAGUGCCCGGCGCUGCCGCCGCGGGGCUGCCCGCUGGGCCGGAUGCGGGACGCCUGCGGCUGCUGCUGGCAGUGCGGGCGCGGCGAGGGCGAGGCGUGCGGUGGCGGCGGCGCUGCGGGGGGACGCUGCGCCCCCGGCCUCGAGUGCGUGAAGAGCCGCCAGCGCCGCAAAGCCAAGGGCGGCCCGCCGCCGGGAGCCCUUUUCCCCUCCGCCGGCGGCCCGCCCGGCGUGUGCCUCUGCAAGAACCGCUACCCGGUGUGCGGCAGCGACGGGCUCACCUACAGCAGCGGCUGCCAGCUCCGCGCCGCCAGCCUGCGCGCCCAGAGCCGCGGCGAGCCUGCCAUCAGCCAGCGCAGCAAGGGAGCCUGCGAACAAGGACCCUCCAUUGUGACCCCUCCUAAGGACAUCUGGAAUGUGACAGGAGCACAGAUCUACCUGAGCUGUGAGGUUAUUGGCAUCCCAACCCCUGUCCUCAUCUGGAACAAGAUAAUUCGGGGUCAGUAUGGUGUCCAGAGGAUGGAGCUUCUGCCUGGGGACCGGGAGAACUUGGCUAUCCAGACCCGAGGGGGCCCCGAGAAACACGAAGUGACUGGCUGGGUGCUUAUAUCUCCUCUGAGCAAAGAGGAUGCUGGAGAAUAUGAGUGUCAUGCAUCAAAUGCCAAAGGAGAGGCAACAGCUUCUGCAAAAAUCCACGUUGUGGAAACUCUGCAUGAAAUAGGUCUGACCAAAGAUGAUGGAGCAGAGCUGUGAUGUGAGGACUUUCACUUAUGCACUGUUUUAAGUUAGUAUUAUGGAAAACUGCAACCUCUGGCUUUUUCUAGCUCACUAAUCAUCCCCUUAACCCCCUUGUUCUUUGAUAACCAAUUUGCUUGCACACUUCUUUCACACAUACACAAAUAAAGAGAUUCACAAGUUUGAUUACAAAUUUUAAUUCUAUUUACAGGAAAUAAACAUACUUUUGAACAGCAUAUAGCAAAUGAGUAAAGCUGUAUUUUAAAUGCAACCUACACAAAGUGAAACAAAGCCUGAGCACUUCAGUCUCAUCAUUAAAAAGAAAAAAAGCCUUUUUAAAGGCUAAACACUCAUCAUACGAGGCGCGAUACUCAUAGACAUCAGUUCUUGGAAGAGGAGUUUGCAGGCGUAGGGCAUUCGAACCAAAGAUAUCUGGAAAGAGAUUUCAAAAGGCUUGUGAUAAGCACUCCUAAAACACCAACUUCCACCACCCUCUACGCAAAUAACUUCUUGGGUUUUUGGCUCAAAAGCGAGUCUGAAGUUAUGUCUGAAAGCAUUUAACAGGAAUUGCUCACAGACAGUAACAAAGCAAGAGGAAAGCUGAGACUGUCUGUAGAGGCUCCAAAGCAGCUAUCCAGAUUACAUUUUUAAUGUGAAAACCUGCAGCCAAGGGAUCUGAUCUUAAACAACAGCUAUUUAACAAGGGAAAAUGUGCAAAGUGUGCCUGAUGUGCAGUAAAUGUAGUGACGAUUUCCAGCACACAUCUCUUCAGUAGCCUCAAGGCCAUUUUACAGUUGCAACAGGCAGUCCCCAGCACAAGAACAAGCCUAUUUAAGGCAACUAUUUUUAUCUCUGCUGCCACUUUCCCUUGACAUAGUUCUGUUACCAAGCACCCACUACAGAGCUUUUUCUCUAUUAACAACUAAAAAAGUGCAACACAAAAGGCCUCCCAUGGGGACUGAGCUCUGCAAGCAUAAAUAUCUUCAUGGGGACUGUCAAGGGCGAUGGCUCUGAAUUCCUGAUUCUGAAUUUUACUUCUAAAAAUAAGCUCUCAAGCGUUUAAGGUCUCUGAAAACUCUGCACUGCAAAACACUGGAACAGCAUUUCCUGCCAAGUGGCACGCCAACGUUGUAAAAUUAAUAACAAGACAUUCAAAUUAACUAGGAUGCUAUAAACACUUAAAACAGUUAUGAAACUAAAAUAGCAAUUGUUCUGGUGCUUCUUUAAAUAUUUACUUCUUUAUCCUCCUGUUCACCCGAGCAGUGUUUCCUCUGGCCCACAGAGGAACGCUGGCUGACGAAAACCACACAUACCUGAGUUUUAUUACGGCAUCCCCGGCAUUCGUAGGUGUGAGUCCUUGUGUUUGCAAUUGCCAUGAUGCCACAGAGAUUGCAGACAUGGACUUGGUAUGGGUCUGAGGCUUCAAACAAUCUUUCUCUCAAGAACUGGGCUGCUCCAUGAGCAAUCUGGCAAUCUCGUUCCAUUUCUCCAAAACGAAGGCCACCAUCACUGAAAAGAGGAAAAAAACCAGCUUUUGAGUUCACUGCAAAAUACGUCCGUUCUUGUUGGUGGAACAAGUAACCCAUCAGAAACACAACAGCAGUAUUACAAGGUAGAAGUAAAGCUGUGCAGUAAUUUAACACGUCAGAACAGUGUUAGGGAGAACAUGAACAAAAUAAUUUGUAACUGCUGCUGAGCAUUUCUAAAGCAGAUGUCGGACAGCUGACAGCACAACCGCAUAGCAAAAUGAGGUAAACAUCAUUCCUGCUUAUCUGUGGUGGGUUUAACCUUGGCUAGCUGCCACAUGCCCAUCAAUAGCUCUCUCACUCCCUCAUGUCAACACGACAGAGGGAGAAAAUAAGAUGGGAAAAGCACAUGGGUUGAGAUCACUUACUAAUUGCCAUCACAGGCAAAACAGACUCAGCAUGGGGAAAUUAGUUUACUUUAUUGCCCAUUAGAAAUGGAGUAGGAUGGUGAGAAACAAAAGACAAAACUAAAACCACUGUCUUCUCCGCUUCCUUCUUCCCAGACUGAACUUUACCCUUUAUUUCCAGCUCCCUCCUCCCCUCAGUCAUAGGGGAAUGAGGGUUGCAGUUAGCGCAUAACAGUUCCUCUCUGCCACUCCUACCUCCUCACACUUUUUCCCUGCUCAAGCAUAGGGUCUCUCCCAGCAGGACAGUCCUUCAAGAACUACUCCAGCAUGGGCCCUUUCCAUGGGGCCCACAAUCCCUCAGGAGCAGAUUGCUGCAGCAUGGGUCCGCACAGACCACAGCUCCUGCCAGGAGCCUGCUCCAGUACGGGUCUUCCACAGGCUUCACUAAGGGGAAAUCCUGCCUGACCAAUUUGGUGGCCUUCUAUGAUGGAGCCACGGAACUGAUGGACAGCGGCAGAGCAGUCGAUGUCAUCUACCUGGACUUGUGCAAAGCAUUCGACACUGUCCCGCAUGACAUCCUUGUCUCUAAAAUGGAGAAACAUCAAUUUGAUAGAUGGACCACUCGGUGGAUAAAAAACUGGCUCGAUGGCCGCACGCAAAGAGUUGUGGUAAAUGGCUCGAUGUCCAGUUGGAAACCUGUAACAAGUGGUGUCCCUCAGGGAUCGGUGUUGGGACCGGUCCUGUUCAACAUCUUUGUCGGUGACAUGGACAGUGGGAUUGAGUGCGCCCUCAGCAAGUUUGCCGAUGACACCAAGCUGUGUGGUUCGGUUGAUACGCUGGAGGGAAGGGAUGCCAUCCAGAGGGACCUUGACACCCUUGUGAGGUGGGCCGAUGCCAACCUUAUGAAGUUUAACCAAGCCAAGUGCAAGGUCCUACACCUGGGUCGGGGCAACCCCAGGCACUGCUACAGGCUGGGCAGAGAAGAGAUUCAGAGCAGCCCUGCAGAAAAGGACUUGGGGGUGUUGGUUGACGAAAAGCUUAACAUGAGCCGGCAGUGUGCACUUGCAGCCCAGAAAGCCAACCGUAUCCUGGGCUGCAUCAAAAGAAGCGUGACCAGCAGGUCGAAGGAGGUGAUCCUGCCCCUCUACUCUGCUCUUGUGAGACCCCACUUGGAGUACUGCGUACAGUUCUGGUGUCCUCAACAUAAAAAGGACAUGGAGCUGUUGGAGCGAGUCCAGAGGAGGGCCACGAGGAUGAUAAGAGGGCUGGAGCACCUCCCAUAUGAAGACAGGCUGAGAAAGUUGGGGCUGUUCAGCCUGGAGAAGAGAAGGCUGCGUGGUGACCUCACAGCAGCCUUCCAGUAUCUGAAGGGGGUCUACAAGGAUGCUGGGGAGGGACUCUUCCUUAGGGACUGUAGUGGUAGGACAAGGGGUAAUGGGUUCAAACUUAAACAGAGGAAGUUUAGAUUAGAUAUAAGGAAGAAGUUCUUUACAGUGAGGGUGGUGAAGCACUGGAAUGGGUUGCCCAGGGAGGUUGUGGAUGCUCCAUCCCUGGCGGUCUUCAAGGCCAGGUUGGACAGAGCCUUGAGCCACAUGGUUUAGGGCAAGGUGUCCCUGCCCAUGGCAGGGGGGUUGGAACUAGAUGAUCUUAAGGUCCUUUCCAACCCUUACGAUUCUAUGAUUCUAUGAUUCUAUGAUAUCUGCUCCAUGGGCUGCUGUCAGACAAUGCGCUUCACCAUGGGCUGCAUGGGAAUCUCUGCUCCAGUGGCUGGAGCACUUCCUCCCUCUCCUCCUCCUCUGAGUGGCUGUCUGCAGGGCUGUUCCUUCUGCACUUUCUCACUCCCUCCUGCCCAGCAGGUUUUACCCUUUCUUAAGGGUCACUGAUGGGCUCAGCUUUGGCCAGCAGUGCGUCUGCUGGAGCCGGCUGUAAGGGGUUGUGUCUAGCACAGGGCAACACCUGGUCCUUUCUCAGAGAGGCCACCUCAGCAGUACCCCCUGCUACCAAAACCUUGACACCUGCACUCAACACAUCAUCUUCAGCCAAACACAUAAAAAUGGAUGGUUAAUUGGGGUGAGAUAAUCCAGCUCUAGCUGCAAAGUUGAGGCAGCUAAAUUUUAGGGCUAAAAGCUUCAAAGAAAAAGAAAACACUGUACAGAAACUAAUAACCAUCUUACCGAGAUCGACCCUCCAUGGGCUGUCUGUUAAGUAUCUGGAUAGGCCCUCUUGCACGAGAAUGGAUUUUGUCAUCUACCAUGUGCUUCAACCGCUGAUAAUACGUAGGACCAAUGAAGAUCUGUGAUGUGAUUUUUCGACCAGUGAAGCCAUUGUAGAGAACCUGAAGUAACCAAUGCCAUCAGUGAAUCAUAAGCCUUCCUAUCCACCAAAUGUAUACUAAAAACAUUACGGUGAAUUGAUAUUUUGAUUAUACCUCAUUUCCUCUUAGAUGAUACCCAUAAUCUGAUAAAAGAUUGGAAAUCUUCUGCACGUUGACAGCAUCAUUAAAAGGUGUAGCAUCGCCAAUCUCUCCCUUGUUUGCAGACACCUAUGGAGGUUUGCAAAAGCCUGUCAGAUUUCUGAGCUUCCAGACAAUAUUAAGCUUUUUCAAACAGUUUUUAUAGAACUUGAGGUUGCAUGCCCAUGACAGUGGCCUAUCUUGCCUUGUUUAUCAGCUACACAAUUUAUAGCAAGGUUUUAACAAAUACACAGUAUCAACAAUUUUGCUACUCCUUUUCCUAGAUCACAGGAAAUGUAUGGAAUAAAAGCAACAGAUGGGAGAGCACACUGUAAUCUGACUUGCUGGACAAAAUUUACAGGACUGUAGGUCUUCCCCAAGAAACCUGCUUUUGCUAGCAAAUAACUGGAAAAGAAUCCUUAUAUUUUAGUGGAUUAACGCCUACCAGGGAGUAGUAUCUUAAAAAAAAUUAUAUUGCUCAGACAUGCAGCAUAAAAGAUUCUUCUUACCUUCCCCUGGAGACACUCAAUCAAGUGACCAAUGGUCAUACGGGAAGGGAUGGCAUGGGGGUUGAUAAUUAUAUCAGGUGUGAUGCCUUCACAGGUAAAGGGCAUAUCCUAGAGCAGGGAAACAGACAGUCGGUACAUCCCAGAAUAUCAGCUUUAAGAAAAGCAGUUGUAUGGCUUCAAAUGAAAUCUUUUAAAGCAUUUCAAAGGUACUAAGUACCACGUAAGAAGCAGCUGUGUCUCUUUCUAAAUAUACUUUAGUUAAGUCAAUAUAUUGCACCUGAUAUUCUACAGACAACUCACUUAAGGCAGUUCCAAUGCUAAGAUGAUCAGAAAUAGAACAUUAAAAAGGGGAAAAAAAAUCACUACCUCUUGCCUGUACUGGAUACCACAGGUUCCUUUCUGACCAUGUCUGCUGGCAAAUUUAUCUCCAAUUUGUGGGAUUCUCACAGAGCGUACCUGUAAGCCACAGGAAAACAUUCAGUCGGUAACUUAAAUACAGAACAAAAAUGAUUAGAAGUAGAAAGCACACAUGCCAAUGCUCACCCUAAUCUUGCAGAACUUGUAUCCUUCCUGGUUAAGGGUUACCAUGACCUGAUCUACAAUGCCAGUCUCACUAGUUCGCAGGAAAGUGCUGCAGUCCCUCUUGGUGAAACGUCUGUUAGUGCUUUCCAGUUCAUCUUCAUUCUCUGGCAGCGUUACUGUUUUGCCAAUGAUGACAUCGUCCCCAGACACACGUACCCCGGGUGCUAUCAAACCAUCAUCAUCAAGUUUGUCAUAGAUCGCAUGUCUCAUACCUUAAGAAAGAAAAGAAAAAUUAGAGACUCCCAAACUGUUCAACAUAUUGGAUUUGAUGUUCUGCAGAAAUUCAACAAUUUGCUUGCAGCUUGCAGCUUCAGAGAAAAUGUCUAAAGAUACUUCCAUGCUAAUAUCUCAACUGAUGUAUUUUGCUAUUAAUACAGACAUUUUUGCCACUUUGUAUGUCCCAAAAUAAAGAAUGAACCAGUUCAGCAA